AUGGCUGUCCUCAACCAGGCCUUUGUCGACGGCGCCCACGCCGUCGUCAGGGCAGUCGCACGACAGGCUGCUGAGGCCACAUCGUCGGCUCUCAACACGGCUGUCACCUCUGCCUUGAGCAGCAGUGCGACUUCUCCGUCGCCUGCAAGUACCUUUCUGUCGAGUACAGACUCGCCCACGCCGCUUUCGACCUUGACACCUACUCCCGACCCGACGACUAGUGCGAACCCUGGAAACACGGGGAACCAAAACAACAACAACAAUAACACCGGUACCAGCUCGCCAUUGUUGUUCUUCGUGGCUUUGGGAUUUGGUGUGGUGUUCACCAACCUAUGGAUUAUCGUUGGCGUUAAGUACUGCUUCCGAUACAAUGCCCGGAAUCGCCAGCUGCGGGGGCUUGAUGAAAAUGGGGAGCCAAUUAACUUGGAGAACAUGCCGACAAGGCCGCAUCGCCGGCGCCGUGAAAAGAAACUCAUGACCAUGGACGAGGUCAACGACAAGUUCCCCAUGAUGAAAUACAAGACCUGGGUUGCCGACCGUGCCAAGGAAGGCUUGCCAACCGCCGGCGGCGUAUCUGUGCCGCCUAGCCGGGCCAACAGUGUGAGGAGCGUGACGGGCAUUGUGCCCGAAGUGCCAUCCAAGGAGCGCAACUCUACCGAGGACGCCACCAUGACCGCUGCAGGGGACAAGUCCAAGACUACCAACGCCGAUGGCACCACUGGUAACGCCGAGGAGAACGGCGCCGCUCUCACUCAUACGCAAACCGCCGGAAGCAUCAUCACCAAGGAUCCUGACGCUGCACACGGAAGCGACGACGAGGACGAUGACCACAUUGACGCUGCCGUCCCGCCUGAGCUGCUCGCCGCCUCGGGUGACACCUGUGCUAUCUGCAUCGACACUCUUGAAGAUGACGACGAUGUCCGUGGCUUGACUUGCGGCCAUGCUUUCCACGCCGUGUGCUUGGAUCCGUGGUUGACAAACCGCCGGGCCUGCUGUCCCCUGUGCAAGGCGGACUACUACACCCCCAAGCCGAGGCCGCCGCCCGCUGACGGUGACCCGAACACUCCCACUUCGCCGAAUGCUGAUCCCGCGAGGAACAACGGCCGCGCGAACAUGCCCCGUCAGCCGCCCAGGACACUCAUGGGCUGGAGCCUUCGAGAGGCACCGCGGUCCGUGCUAGGUCGUUAUGGGAAUACUACCAACGUUGAUUCCAACGGCCGGGCCAGACGAUCUGACAGGGAUAGAAGGAGGCGCGGAGAGGCAAGCCAAGGGAACAGUCGGGCAACCAGCAGGACCAACGCUCAGGUCACCCGACCAACCCCAGCGCAGGAGGACGGUCAGCAAGCAGGCUGGUAUAGUAGGUUCAGGAAUCGUUUCCCGCCGUUCAGGCAGAAUCAGAGCGCCCAGGCACAGGCCACGGAGCCGGCAUCUGGGACGACCAACGCAGAUACUACUGCAACUCCUUCGCAGCUCGAGGCAGGGACACGAAGUACGAGCUGA